AUGCAUGCCAAGCAUCUUCUACUCGGCCUUGGCUACGCCUCCGUCGCCUGGGCACAACUUGCGGAUACAUCCGCCUACCCAAUUGGACCAUUAACGUCCUCAAGCACUAAAUGGGCCACCAAAAUUUGCGACAUCACGGACUACGGCGCUGUAGCGGAUGGGUCGACCGAUGCCGGGCCUGCGAUUCUGGCGGCCUUCAAUGCCUGUUCUUCGGGAGGAGUUGUGAAUAUCCCAUUAGGGACAUUCGCCAUGGCAACAUGGGUCACCCUCAGUGGGGGAAGUGCGUGGGCUAUCAACCUCGAAGGCAUCAUCGUUCGAACCGGGACUGCAGGGGGUAAUAUGAUCUAUAUCGAGCAUAGUACCGAUUUCGAAAUCUAUUCUUCCAGAGGUGAAGGUGCGAUCCAAGGCUAUGGGUAUGAAUUCCAUUCUCAGGGGGAGUAUGGGCCCCGUCUGCUGCGUCUUUACGAUGUGACCAAUUUUGCGAUCCACGAUAUUGCUCUCGUCGACUCUCCGGCUUUCCAUUUGACUCUCGAUACUUGCAACCAGGGCGAGGUUUACAAUAUGAUCAUCCGAGGUGGAAAUGAAGGAGGCCUUGAUGGCAUUGACUUGUGGGGCUUUGACCUUUGGGUUCAUGAUGUUGAAGUCACAAACAAGGACGAAUGUGUCACUGUCAAGAGCCCGGCAAACCACAUCCUUGUUGAGAACAUCUACUGCAACUGGUCUGGUGGCUGUGCGAUGGGCUCCCUGGGAAUUGACACCGACAUCUCAAAGGUUGAGUACAACAACAUCUACACCGUGAAUUCCAACCAGAUGUUCAUGUUCAAGAGCAACGGAGGAAACGGUACCGUGACCGACGUGACUCUGCAGAACUUCAUCGGACACGAGAAUGCCUACUCCCUCUACAUCGACGCGUACUGGUCAUCAAUAAGCGCGGCCGCAGGUGACGGAGUCCUGUAUAACUCCAUCACUUUCAGCAACUGGAAGGGAACUUGUGCAAAUGGCGCCACUCGUGCCCCGCUAUACGUCUUGUGUCCUUCGACUCAACCAUGCACAAACAUUGUCAUCGAGGAUUUCGCCAUGUGGACUGAAUCAGGAAGUACAGAGUACUACAAGUGUGCCGAUGCUUGGGGCUCAGGGUACUGCCUGCAUUCAGGAAGUGAACAUACCGAGUACGGUACUGUAACCUCGACAUUGACGGCUGCUCCAUCAGGGUACUCGGCGACGACGAUGCCUGAUCAGCUUACUGCUGGAUUUGGACUCAGCACGUCAAUUCCGAUCCCUACUGUCCCGAAUACAUUCUUCCCCGGUGCUACGCCGGCCACGGCUAGAGUGUAUGGCAGUUAG